UGUUAACCAUCUAUUAUUUAUUAUACAAUAUAUUUUUGUUAUCUGUGUUAAAGAAAAUGUAAGUUGUGUUCUGUUGGAAUGGGAGAAGUUUGGUACGCUUCUUUGUGGUGUUUUGUUUCACCCACUACCUGUGAACAUAGUCGGCCUGGCGGGUUGUCUAAGCCGGCCCACCAAUGUACUGUGGGUUGUUGUGUUGGGUGGUCCUCUGUGCUGCAGGUUAGUUGUGUUUAUUUAUAUACCUUGUGCUGUGAAUUAGUAUACUGUGGUGAAGGUUACAAGCAAAGGAUGUGUUUAGUAGCUAAGGUAAUACAAGUGAUAUUAUUGUUUGCCAGACGGAGAAUGUAGGGACGCCCUGGACUUCAUGUCGGUUGGUGUGUUGGUUGGUCCUCCGUGCUACAGAGUUGUGAGGACGCCCUGGACUGGAUGAUAGUUGGGGUGGUGACAUGUCAGGUGUGCUACGGGGAUUCGAAGAGCGUCAGUGUGGGCCACUGAAGUCGAAACACUUCAAGCAAUAAAUACCUGUUACGAUUUGUGGUUUAUUACACAUUUGGAAUCCCCAACAUUUCGACUUCAACCACAAUGGGCUGGCAAGAGGAGAUGGAAUUGUUAAAGAGGAAGAGGGCCAUUGCCAAAGGGAAAUUCACAAGAAAGGUGACCCUGCUGGAUGAGGGUGUGCGGGAAGGUGAGCCAGUAUCAGUAUUGAAGAGUAGCUAUGAACAGAUUUCUGAGGCCUUUCAACACCUAGAAGACAGUAAUGAUGUGAUAUUAAAAUAUGUGUGUGAUAAUAAAUUAGAAGACAAGUUAGUUAAGGAGGCUGAAGAAUACAUGCUAGAUUGUGAAAGAAUCAUGAAGAAAAGACUAACAGAAAUUAGUAACAUUGAAAACAUACAGAACAGUGUCAAGCCUAAAGUGAAGUUAAAGGCAUUUGAGCCUCCUAAAUUUUAUGGGAAUUUAAGAGAGUACCCUCGUUUUAAGGAGGACUUUAAAAAUCUAGUCAAAAGUGUGUAUGGUGAAGAUGCGUAUGCAUUGAAAAUGUGUCUCAGUGGUGAUGCCCUUCAGACUGUCAGAGGUGCAGAAGGUAAUUAUGAAGAAAUGUUUGAAAGGUUAGAUGACAAGUUUGGAAAUGCAAGAAAGGUGGUGGACUUGGUAAUAAGUGACCUUAGGGCUUUGAAAAGGAUCAAUGAAGGUGAUACCAAAGGAUUUAUAAGGAUGGUGGAUCAGGUGGAACAGUGUUGGCUAGAUUUGAAAAAUAUAAACUUGAAUGAGGAACUUAAUACUGCUAAUGUAGUCAGUCAUAUUGAGAAGGUGUUGCCCACACUUCAGAAGAGGGAGUGGGUAAUAAAGGCAGAAGAAGUAUCUGCUACUAGUGAUCUCUUUCCCACUUUAUUGAAAUUUCUGCAAAGGGAGAGAAAGGUAUUGGAGUAUAUGAAUUCUAGUGUCAGAUCUACUGGCGGUGAUAGAAGUUCAGUACAUCAUGUAAAUAAUUCAGCUGACAAGGUCAUGGAGUCAGAUCUGGUAACACUAAUAAAACAGAUGAAGGAAGAGCAACAACUAAAGAAUAAAGAUUUAGAGUCAUGUAUUGUAAAUUUGACAGAGAUGGUGAAAGGUACCCACUUGAAGACUGGAAAUAAUGAGGGAGGAUGCUGGAUUCACAAUUCCAGGAACCAUGAUACUCUUGAUUGUUAUAAAUUUAAGAAUCUCGGCAACAAGGAGAGGUUUGAGUUAGCUAGAAGCAAUGGAAUAUGUUUUAAAUGCUUAAAGGGAUAUAUCAUCAGGCAUGGAAUUGUAAUACAAACAAGUUGUGUGAUGUCAGGAUCAGGAGUCAAGGUGUGUGUAACCGUCAUCAUCAACCACUGGUGCAUUUUGAACAGGAAGAAGGUGCUAGUCAUAAUACAGUAUCUGCAAACACUCUGAACACCUUAUUGAAUAUCAGUACUGUGUACAGUAACACUCAACCUAUAACAGUACUGUGGGAUUCAGGUUCUGACAUAACCUUGGUGACACACAGUAUGGCAGAAAAACUAAGUUUGAAGGGCAAGGAUGUGAAUUUAUCCAUGAUUAAGGUUGGCAAUGUAAUUGAACAUCAUUCUACCAAAGAAUAUUGCAUACCACUGAUUGAUAGGACUGGGCAUGUAUGGGAAAUUAAUGCCAUUGGUAUAGAGGAAAUAUCUGCUAAAAUCAAUGAAUUUGAUGUGUCAGGAGUUAAGGAGUUAUUUGUAGGAGUAUCAAACCAUGAUAUUAAUCGCCCUUGUGGUGAGAUUGACAUGCUGAUUGGGGCCAAUUACAGUGAAUUAUUGCCUAAAGUUGUUCAGACUAAUGAAGGUCUUCAAUUGUUAGAGAAUCCAUUUGGGUUCAGUAUACGUGGCAGACACAGCAAAAUAACAGCCUCAGGGAGCACGACGAACCAUGUGAUUGUGAGAACUCACAAGGUGUCAAGCUCAAUAAGCCUCAAUGAGAUCAAGGUAGAACCUACAGAUAAACUUAAGUCACAAUUAGAUAAAUUCUUUGCUUUAGAGGAGAGUGGGGUGCAGUGUGACACAAGAUGCCUUAAAUGCCUGUGUAAGGGUUGCCCUGUAAGUGACUGUGUCAAUAUUAAGGAAGAAAGAGAACUGAAAUUGAUUGAGGAGGGAUUAGUAUAUCAUGAAGAAGGGAAGUAUUGGACACCAAGCUAUCCUUGGAUAAGGGACCCGAGACAUCUUAAGAACAAUGUAAAAGUGGCUGUGGCUAGAUUAAAAACUACAGAAAAUAGACUGAAAAAAUUGGAUAUCCAGUAUGCCCAGAGUUAUCACAAUGAAAUCAAGGACAUGGUGAAAAGGGGGGUAGCGAGACAAUUAAGUGAAGAGGAAAUGCAGUCAUACAAUGGCCCAAUUCACUACAUUUCCCAUCAUGAAGUAUUGAAACCAGAUUCUGCUUCAACACCUCUGCGUAUUGUAUUUAACUCAUCUUCAUCAUACAUGGGACAAAAACUUAAUGAUUUUUGGGCAAAAGGGCCAGUUGUUCUUAACAACAUGAUUGGAGUCUUGCUAAGAUUUAGACAGGAAAGGGUUGCCAUAACUGGUGAUAUAUCAAAAAUGUAUCAUUCUGUGAAAAUCAACACACUGGACCAACACACACACCGAUUUCUUUGGAGAGAUUUAAACAGUAACAGACCACCUGAUCACUAUGCCCUGACCUCAGUGACUUUCGGGGAUAGGCCGAGUGGGACCAUAGCUGUGCUAGCAUUAAGGCAUACUACAGAAAAAUUUGGUAAAGGAGAUCCUGAAGUUUAUAACAUGAUUGUAAACAACACAUAUGUUGAUGAUAUUCUCUAUUCCAUUGAUACGGUAGAAAAGGCUUUUGAUUUGAUACAAAGAGCAGAACAUGUAAUAUCUCUUGGAAACUUUCAUGUGAAGCAUUGGAUAGUAAGUGGGCAACAUGAGAACCAUAGUAUCAACAUCAUGGAAUCUGACAAUGGAGUAAUUUUAGUGGGUCAAAGAAUAUCAAAAUGGUUAAAGGAAAACUGGAAUCAAGAUCACUUCAUGUUGAUACCAGCUAACCACCCAGUUACUAGACUGUAUGUGUCCAGCUUACAUAGUAGAGAUCAUGCAGGUAUUGAAACCACCUUGGCCAAGUUACAGAGUAAGUUUUGGGUGCCGGGAGCCAGGAAAUUAAUAAAGUCAAUUAAAGAUAAAUGUGUCACAUGUAGAAAACUCUCAAAACAAACUGAGAACCAGUGUAUGGGUCAGGUGUUAGAAGAAAAAAUGAAGCCAACUCCACCAUUCUAUCAUACUGCUGUCAAUUUGUUUGGACCAUUCAAUAUUAAGGACACUGUUAAAAGGAGAACUCAUGGUAAGGUAUAUGGGGUAAUAUUCAACUGCGUAGUUACUAGGGCAGUUUAUGUAGAUUUGGCAGAAGGAUACAGUGCAAGUGAUUUCAUGGCAACUUAUCAAAGAUUCAUCUCAGUCAGGGGUGCACCCAGAAUACUGUAUUCUGACAGAGGGAGCCAGCUGAUAGCAGCUGGAAAGAAUAUUGAAAGAAUUGGAAAAAAAUGAAGGAGUUACUUGGAAAUAUAAUAGACCUAGUGAUGCACCGUGGUACAAUGGUGCCAGUGAAUCCCUUAUCAAAUCAGUGAAAAGAAAUCUUUGUAUUGCAAUUGGGGAUUCAGUAUUAACUUUUGGUGAACUUCAGACAGCCUUAUUUAAUGUAGCCAGUAUGAUGAAUGAAAUACCCAUAGGGGUAAAACUGCUUUAAUUUAGAACUUGGUAAUUACCUCUGCCCUAAUGAUCUAUUGCUUGGACGAGCUAGUGUAAAAUGUCCACAGGGAAUAUAUGAAUCAGAUGGAGACCAUAUAAGAAGAUUAGAGUUUAUUCAGAAAAUUGUUGAAUCAUUUUGGAGAAAAUGGCAGAGAGAUUUCUUUCCAACGAUGGUAGUAAGACAAAAAUGGCACACCAAUAGGAGAAAUGUAAGAGUGGGUGAUGUGGUUUUAGUUCAAGAUGCUAAUGCAGUUAGAAGAACCUGGAAAUUAGCUCAACUAAUAAAGGCAGAUCCAGGUCGUGAUGGUGCUGUAAGAGAUGUAGACUUAAGGUAUAAGACAGUCAAGGAAGGUAAAGGAUAUGAUGGGGUGACAGACAAAGUCAUGAGUAGGUCAGUGCAUAGGUUAAUAGUGUUAUUACCUAAGGAAGAACAAGAGUGAUGAUGAGCGUGUAGGAUCAUUAUAGAUAUGAUUUAUCUACAUGUACCAAAGCAUUCUAUGUACUACCUGUGUAUAUUGUAUGUUCACUUUGGUCGGGGUGGAGUGUAUCAUUAAAAUGAUAUGUUAACCAUCUAUUAUUUAUUAUACAAUAUAUUUUUGUUAUCUGUGUUAAAGAAAAUGUAAGUUGUGUUCUGUUGGAAUGGGAGAAGUUUGGUACGCUUCUUUGUGGUGUUUUGUUUCACCCACUACCUGUGAACAUAGUCGGCCUGGCGGGUUGUCUAAGCCGGCCCACCAAUGUACUGUGGGUUGUUGUGUUGGGUGGUCCUCUGUGCUGCAGGUUAGUUGUGUUUAUUUAUAUACCUUGUGCUGUGAAUUAGUAUACUGUGGUGAAGGUUACAAGCAAAGGAUGUGUUUAGUAGCUAAGGUAAUACAAGUGAUAUUAUUGUUUGCCAGACGGAGAAUGUAGGGACGCCCUGGACUUCAUGUCGGUUGGUGUGUUGGUUGGUCCUCCGUGCUACAGGUUAGUUGUGUUUAUUUACCCGACAUGUGCUGUGAUUAGUAUAAUUUGGUGAAGGUUACAAAUAGAGGAUGUAUUAGUAAGAUAGGGAUAUAUUGUUGCCAGACAGAGUUGUGAGGACGCCCUGGACUGGAUGAUAGUUGGGGUGGUGACAUGUCAGGUGUGCUACGGGGAUUCGAAGAGCGUCAGUGUGGGCCACUGAAGUGAGUACAUUAUGGGAAUUUAUUGAGUAUUAUGAGUGAUAUACAAGUGAAGUUUAGUUGGAUUUUGUAUACUGAUUGUUGCUUUAUUUUUAUAUUUGGGAUAUGAUUGUAAUGGAUGUCAGAAUCUCUACAUGAAAUGUUAUUUUCUUGGUACCAUUGUGAGGGAUUGAAUUGGGUGUACUAUGAUAUGUGGAUGUGUAUUGAUUAGCCCAUGU